AUGAAGCCGUUCCAUUUGGUGGUCUCGUCAUGCGCCGCGAUGUCGGCAUGUGCUCUCGUCAUGCUGACGGUGUUCCUCCCAAGAAUGUACUGGGAGAUGAGCGAGUUGCAGGAUGAGGUCGUCGGCGUGGUUCAAAGCUUCAAGGUGGAAACCGAUUCAAUCUGGAUCGAUCUCAUGAACGUGCAAAUCCUUCAUUCUGAGCCAUCCAAGCCAAGAGAGAAUCCUCUUCUUCGCAGAGACAAGAGAUUCACUAAAUUACCUGACUGGUGUCAAUGUGAUUCAGCUCCACAAUGUCCUCCGGGACCACCUGGUCCACCGGGAGCGCCUGGAACACCUGGAACGCCUGGAGAGAAUGGACCACGUGGAAUGGACAACCCGCAUCAGAUAGGAGUGACUGCUUGUGAGCCACAAACAUUCGGAUGUAUUAAAUGCCCACGUGGUGAGCCAGGACCACCAGGUCCAGUUGGCCCAGUUGGUCCACAGGGCCCACCAGGAGCUGCAGGAGCUCCAGGAAUGCCUUCUAUUGUACAUGGACGACCGGGACCACCAGGACCACCUGGAGACGACGGUGCUCCGGGACUUCCAGGAGAAGAUGGAGCUCCAGGCCAACCAGGAGCUGACGGAAUCCGCCAGAAGAGCGUUCGCGGACCACCAGGACCACCUGGAAAUUCGGGUCAGCCUGGUAUCCCUGGUCUACCAGGAAGAAAGGGCGAGGACGGAAAACCGGGAAGCGAAGGAAUACCAGGUGUACCAGGUCCGCGAGGAGCUCCUGGCGAGCCUGGAAUAAGUGGACAACCAGGUGGACCUGGGCUGCCAGGAAGAGACGGACAAUACUGCCCAUGCCCACCGCGAUCGUUCGUAAUGAUGGCAAGGAAGAGAGUGAAUUAA